CACCGAAAGGUCUGAAACACUACAAGACUCCUCACAUGCAACGUCUGCGGACUAGGCAUAAACUACAAUUUUGUUCGGAUCAAGAUCGACCUGUGAGCUCCCUAAUGCCGCCAACUCGCCUCACGGGCAUCACCCGUUCGCCUCUAUUUAAUCUACAUCGCCGUCGACUUACGAACGCAUGGCGAAUCAGCAAAUGGCGAAGGCGCCGCCAGCUCUGCUCUCGGUCCUCCUCCCCCUUCUGCUGCUCCUCUACUCUGGCUCCGCCGCGGCAGAGGAUAAGAGCAUGUGCAAGAUGAACGAGAAGGGGUUCAUGGCAUGCUUGCCGAGCGUGAAAAGCGGGGCCCCGGCGCUGCCGCCGUCGGAAAAGUGCUGCGCCGCGCUGGCCAAGGCGGACCUCCCCUGCCUCUGCAAGUACAAGGACUCGCCGGAGCUGCCGCAGAUGGGCAUCAAGCCCGAUCUCGCCAAGCAGGUGCCCGCCAAGUGCAAACUCAACGCUCCGACUGAAUGCAACUAAAUAGAUGUAUCACGAAAGAGAAGCAAUGGAGGCCUCCGUUGCCGAUCGAUAACGACGUGUGUUCGCAGAACCAGUCUUAAAAUAUAUAAUUUUAUGCGUUUGCGCUGUUGUAAGCUUUUAAAUGAGUAAAUUUGUCUGUCUAGUUGUGUUUCCUUUGAGGCUUCGCUGUGGUAUUAUAUCUCCACAGUUUAAUUAAGAAAUAAAUUAAUAGAAUCUUUCGUUCUCU